UAAAAAACAAAGAAAAAAGUCUGAGUUGAUACCAAUUGGACACAAAAACUAAAUUAAUAUUUUGAAAUUGUUCAAAAACUUCAAUAGUACAAAGUCAGUCGUCAAAGAAGCGCCAACAUGGCCAACAAUUAUUUGCAGCCAGUGAAUAAUCAUUUUGAUGAUAAGCUUGCGGAUGUAGAUGACGAUUUGUUUCUUAAAAAUACGCGAAGCAACAAGCCACAGCGCAGUACGAAUCCAUUUGAUAAUAAUGAUGACGACGUCUCCACAUCGUCGUCGAUAUCUGCGCAAAGACAGGCGUACGCAGAGAAACGCAGAGAGAUCGAGCAGCGCACUCUGGACUCAACACAGAAAAGUUUGGGUUUGCUGUACGAAACCGAGGAGGUUGGCAAGGCGACAGCUGUGGAGUUGGCCAGACAACGGGAACAGUUGGAGAAGACAUCGAAUCAAUUGGAUGAAAUCAACUCGACACUGAGAUUUAGUCAACGUCAUUUGAAUGGACUGAAAAGUGUUUUCGGUGGACUCAAGAACUAUUUGUCGGGUAGUCGUGACCAGCCUCCGACGGCAACUGGCUCCUCCCCCACCGGAAGUCAAUCAUCUCAAGAGACCAAUUGCAAUGCAGGCGCUGCGGCAGUCAAUUUUGAUGGCAGCAAGACAAAAGGAGCAAUGUCGCCAACGGAACGCUAUGAUAAUCAUCCGGUUAGUCGUCUACGCGACGAUUCCAGUGCCUCUCAACUACGCCAGGUCCAGCAGCAGAAACGGGCUGGCGAUCCUUUCCAGAAGCAGCUGGAAUCGAAUCUCGAUGAUAUGUGCGAUAAUUUGUCACGCCUGAAAUUCUUGGCCACCGAUUUGGGAACGGAAAUUGAAUCGCAGAACGAUUUGUUGGACAACAUGAACUAUAAGAUCGAAAUUGUUGAUUCCAAGAUCGUCAAGCAGAACAAAGAUGUGCAUAAACUGCUCAAGAAGUGAGCGUGAGUUGAGCUAAUUGCGGUUUAGUUGCUGGACCACAAAUCGUUUAAUUAAUGAUUAUACAUAUGUUAAGAAUAGCCUACUUAUUAUUUAUACCCCAAAUCAUAUCGCAUAAUGAAAAUUUCAAAUAUGUAUUUUGCGACAUUAUUGAGCAUUCCUUGUGUUUUUUUAGUUAGUACACCAAAAAGAUAUUCGUAUGAAAUGGUAUUUGUGCGUUAUAAGUGUUCAUUUUCAAAGAAAAAAUUCAAUAAAAAGUGCUUCAAAAAAAGU